AUGCAGCUUGAAUCAGCAAAAGAUGUUUGGGAUUUUCUGAAGAAUGAGUAUGAGGGAGAUGAGAAAAUAAGAGGAAUGAAAGUGUUAAAUCUGAUGAGAGAGUUUGAAAGGCAGCAUAUGAAAGCAAGUGAAUCUGUGAAAAAUUAUGUGGAUAGGUUGGUAUCUAUUGUCAACAAGAUAAGGAUUCUGGGAACUCAAGUUUCAGAUGAAAGGUUGGUACAGAAAGUGAUGGUUUCUGUACCUGAGCGUUAUGAAGCAACUUUGGCCUCGCUUGAAAACACUAAGGAAAUUUCGGAAAUUAAACUUCCUGAACUGCUUAGUGCUUUGCAGGCGCAGGAGCAAAGAAGAUUAAUGAGGAAAGAGGAAUCAACUGAAGGAGCUUUGAAGGCUAAGGCCAAGGGUAAUGCUGCAGAGAAAGGGAAGAAAGCUGCUCAGAAUCAGAAGUCUGAUGGCUCGAGUGGUCAGAAUGAUGGUAAGGAAACCAGUGGGAAUAAGUCUUUUCUCGAUCCCUGCAAGCAUUGCAAUAAGAAGGGGCAUCCUCAUUGGAGGUGCUGGAAGAAUUUAAAGUGCAGGAGGUGUGACAAAGUGGGUCACAUUGAAAGGUUUUGCAGGUUUAAUGCUGCACAACAAACAGAGGUUGUUAAAGCUGAUGCAAAAGAGAUGGAGCAAUUGUUUGUGGCUUCAUGUUUUGCUGCACAUGGAGCUGAUGUUGAAUGGCUGAUUGAUAGUGGUUGUACAAACCAUAUGUCAGGUAAUCUUGAUCUAUUUCAAACUCUAGAUAAAUCUGUUAAGUCUAGAGUUAGAAUAGGCAAUGGUGAUUUCAUCUCUGUUGAAGGAAAAGGUGAUGUUUUGUGCAAAGGUCCAAAUGGUUGUAGGAUACUUACAGAUGUGUUGUUUGUGCCAAAAAUUGAUCAGAACCUUCUGAGUGUUGGGCAGUUGAUGGAAAAAG